AUGGUAGCAGUAAAUGGCGGCCCUUACCAGCCCAUGAUCGAUUGGAUUGCUGCGAAGAAACUGGAGAUACCGGACCUCGUAGAGCAUGAAACGGGUAGCAAAGGCAUCCGGCGACACGGGAGGUUCAACAUCAGCACUGAAACAGUCGAAGUGGACGUGAAAGGUGAGCCCCGCCGAGUCCAGUUGAUCCGGCCGAUCUGGAAGCAUGUGGCAACAUUGCUAUACGUGGGUAUACCUCGAUUCAUACCCUGGUCCUUACAGGAGCACGCGAUCCAAAGUUGGGCCGCGGCAGAGGGAUUCCGGGUCUUCGCCAUCAACGAGGACACGGUGAAGCCGGAGUUGCUGCAGAGCGACGAUCCCCGGGACUUCCAAGAUGAUCUGCUGGCGGUCGUCCAAGCCUUGCUACCGCAGUUGGGGGAUCGUUUCGUUCUAGUGGACAGCUCCUUCGGCCCUGGCACGUUUCUGGCGUGGGAGCUUCGGCGUCUCUUGCUGGGCGUCUUGAUCAUCAACGUGCACUUGUUUAAGGCUCCGAACUUUGACGAAACUGAGCUAGCGCAGAAAAUCAAGAAGCGAAUGGCGUUUCUGGGUGAGACAUAUGGCAGCCGCGACUAUGACAAGAUUUUGCCUCUGCUCUCAGAUUUCACGUAUCCGACUGGAGGGCCGGAGGGUAUGGAGGAGAUAAAGAGCAGCUACAAAGAUGCUCUGGACGCUGCGUCGGACAAUUUCUGGGAACUUGCGCGGCUGCAGCCUUCCUGGAAUUUUGCAAAGCUCACGCCCACUUUCACUUCGUUGCCAGAGUGGCCCUUGCAGUCUCCGCCGGUCAUCCUAGCCGCAAGUGAUCAAGCUCCUCUUGUGGUAGUGGGUGAGGCCAUGCAGAGACUACAACAGAUCAUGGCUGGAUCGCAGCUUGAGUUUAUCCCCUCCUCCAAGUGGAUUGUCCUCUCAGGAGAAGCUGUCCUUACAGCUGUCACGGAGCUUCUGGCAUCCCUUCUUCCGAAGAACGUUGCUGACCAUUCAGCUGCACAGGACAUCACAGAUGGCAUGCCCUUGCUCGACACAGUGGGUAAGCUCCAAUUUUCCAUCAAGGACGCUGCUGAUGGCUUUCGUGUCAUCAGCCACGGCUCUCAGACAUUCUGUUUGCUCUGUGAAGCGGUGGUGGCCACACUUCUCCUCUCUGUAUCCGAUCUGACGGGCACAGGGCACCUGACGCUGUACAGUGUGCGUUAUACGGUGACCCUCCACCCCAGUGAUUAUGUUAUGUUCGCUUUGCUCGGCGUGGCUGGCGGUCUAGUUGGCGCCCUCUUUAACGCCUUGAACAUCAGGUGGUGUGCCUUCAAGAAGAAGCCAGCCUUCAAGCGCUGGCUGGGGCCUGUACAGGAGGCCUCAAUGCUUGCGUUUUUCACGCUGGUGUCAUCGUGGCCCCUCAGCCUGACGCGGUAUCUUAUGGCGCCAACAAUCCACGCGCUUUUCGAUACAUGCAGUGACGAGCCUGGCGAGACUGUGCGGAGCAGGUUGCAAGCCGAGUUCGGUUUGUGCACGGAGGAUGGGUACAGCAAUUCCUUUGGCGACGGCCUUCUCACUUCGCUCGGCUGUGCAGCUGCCCUUCGUUUCUGCCAAAUGGUUUUAACAAUCGGCACAGCCUGCCCGGCGGGCCUUUUCGUCCCAUCACUGUUCAUUGGAGCCUGUUUGGGGCGAUGCCUCGCCUUGGGUGUCAGAGCGCUACACGCAGGCACCGCCUUGUUCCCCCACAAGGUGGAUCCUGGUGUCUAUUCGAUGGUGGGUGCGGCCUCAGUUCUUGGAGGAGUCAGUCGCAUGACCAUAUCCUUGGUCGUGAUCAUGCUGGAGUUGACGGGAGGCUUGGAUUAUGUGGUACCAUUCAUGAUUUCCGUCUUGCUAGCCAAAGCCGUUGGCGACUCACUGAAUGAAGGCAUCUACGACCUGCAGAUUGUCUUGAAAGGAUAUCCCUUCCUACACGAAGAGCUGGAUGUGACUUUCACGGAACGUUGCUGCGACAUCAUGGAGACAGGUCUAGUGAAGCUGGAUGUGAAGCUUCGGCCUCGCUUCCUGGAUAUCCGUGUGAUGGUCCGGGCAUUCACUUUUCGGGGCUUUCCUGUGGUGGACGGCGAUCGAUUUGUUGGCUAUGUCCGCCGGUCUGCGUUGGAAGAUUGGCUCUCGCGCAUGGAGCUCGUCCGUGGGCAGAAUGAGGUGGUGACCCUGGAGGAUCUUGGGCCAGUGGUUGACUCGACAGUCAUGCGUAUGGUGCCUGACGCCCCGCUGACGCAAGCACACCAGGUCUUCAAGCAGCUUGGCUGUCAGCGAAUCUUCAUCGUGGGAUCCAUUCCUGGCGGCCAGCAGGAUGUUUUGCGCGGCAUCUUGACCAAAAAGAGCUUUCUCAAGUUCCUCCAGGACGGCACAGUAGGAUGCAUGCCUGAAUCGCUGCAGUACUCCACCCUUGAGGCCAACGGUAAUCUGCGGUUUGCUUACCAAGGGCCACAACAGGAGAGCACUGCAAGCCACAUCAGGGUGGGUGAGAUCUUCUCCGUCUUGAAUGCAGCAGUGCAGGCCGGAGAAGAGAGCAGGCCAGCAGACGAACUGAGCCAUGGUGCUUCGGCUAGUGAGGAGGAGGAUCGCCGGGUGAACCCAACCACGGAAACGACGCAGCCGCCUGACAUGCAGUCAAUCGAAGUCCGGAAUCAAGCUUGA